AUGGAACGACCUGGGCUUCCUGUGUGUAUCAUUACGGGUUUUCUGGGCACUGGCAAGACCACCUUGUUAAACCACAUCCUGCAGAACCAGCGAGGUGCUCGCGUGGCCGUUUUUGUGAACGAGUUCGGCAGUGUGGAUAUUGAUGGCGACCUCAUCAAAUGGCAGGGGAAGAUCGAUGAAGCCAGGGUGAUUACUCUGGACAAUGGCUGCAUGUGCUGCGAAGUGAAUGACGACCUGCAGAAACAGCUGCGCAGGGUUUUAGAGGCUCAGAAGCAGAGCACUGAGACAUUGGAUUUGUUGGUGAUCGAAACUAGCGGUCUUUGUGACCCGGCGCCUGUGCUCAGCACAUUGGAGCAACAGGACGAUUUGGCAGUUUCUGUCCAUUUGGAUACAGUGGUCACCGUAGUGGAUGCCAGUGACCUCGAGGGAAGUGCUGUGCCGAAGUCUGCCGAGGUGCUUUGCUUGCAGGACACUGCAGCACAGCAAAUCAAGUAUUGUGAUUUGGUGCUGCUGAACAAGUGCGACCUCUUGGGCGGGCUCCACUCCCAACGAGUUGCCCAGCUGGAGGAACAUUUGGCCGACAUCCUCUCCAAGUGUCAGGUUUGGCGCAGCAAGCUUCCCAUUGGGAAGACCCGGAAGACCGCCAGAGAGUUUGCGACAAAAAAGAAGCAGAGAGUGCUGCAGAUGUGA